AUGAGUCAAAGCAAUAAUUGCUUCACUACCGACAUAGAGCUCCUUGAGCCGGUGGAGAUUAUUGAUCUUGUUCCUCAACAACCAGCGCAAGCAGCGGAACAAAGGAUAAAACAUUCCGAAUUUAAAGACGGCGCAUCUCUAACAACGCAUCUCAAUUCCCCAAACAACAAAAGCUAUACAUCGCGCUACAUAUCAAUAUGUCAACGCAACUCCUUCCAACCCCUCCAACUCACCCCCGAAAUGCUACAAAGCAUCAUAGACGCUCACAACAUCAGCGUACAAAAUGCGGAGACGCUAUGGGACUUGACGUCCGUAUUCUACACGCGCAAUCUAAAGACUGAAAUGGUUUUUUGCCUGCCUUUUAGUCAGACUGAGGAUGGUGAUUUCGUCGAUGUGGCGUAUACAAUUCGAUAUCCCGAGUAUAAACCCUUGGAAGAUGAAUGGACUAUGCGUCAGAGCGGGGUCUAUCAUCGAUUCAAUCGCAAGACGAAGCAGAGUUUGUAUAUUGUGUUUAACCCCAUGCCAAAGUCGAAGCUGCAUCAGUCGUUGCUCCUCCAUCUCCAAUCCGAUGACAGCAAGUCGUCAUUCUGGCUGCAUCAAACACUAUUCACGACAUAUGUCCCGGCGUGGAGACAUUACAUUGCUUCACUGGAACGGCGGUUCCUACCGAUUGCAAACACGGCAUCUGCGUCAUAUAUCAAUGAAGAGUUGAGGGUCGGACAUGGACAUCUGAGUACGUUGAUUAGUAUUCAGAAAGACUUUUUGCAGAUUCCGACUAUUUUGGACGCGGCGGGGGAUGUGCUUACUGAACUGAAUACCGCUGUGGCAUUGGACGUAAACCAGGAGACCCAAAAACUCAAGAAUAUUAAGCGGCAAUGCGAGACGUACUCUCGCACAGCGACACAUCUACGGCAACGCGUGCAGAUGACGGCGCAGUUAUUGGCGGAUACACUCCUGUUUCGAGACCAGGUGCUCGCCAACGAACAGAAUGGGAACAUGCUGCAACUCAAUCGGUCAGCCGUUUUCCUAACGACGCUGACGUUGCUGUAUUUGCCGGCCUCGUUUCUCACUUCCUUCUUUGGAAUGAACUUCUUCGCUAUGAAUCAACAAGACGACACAAUCAUCGGAACACCCAUGAUCUGGAUCUUCGUCGUAAGCGCCAUUCUGCUAACAGUGGCUACAUUUAUCAUGUACAACUGGCUUUCCAGCCACGAGGCAUUCUUCCGCACAAUGGCGCCUAAGAAGUGGAUGACGGCGGAUCUCAACAUACGAAAACUAACGCGGAGAUUGACGGGGAACAAAAUGACUGAUAGAGCGACUGGUGUUUGA